AUGUUCCCCUCUCCCUCCACAACAAUCAUAUUCCCCCUCUCCCUCCACCACCAUCAUAUUCCCCCUCUCCCUCCACCACCAUCAUAUAGUCCCUCUCCCUCAACCACCAUCAUAUUGUCCCUCUCCCUCCACAACCAUCAUAUUGUCCCUCUCCCUCCACCACCAUCAUAUAGUCCCACCCACUCCACCACCAUCAUAUCGUUCCUCUCCCUCCACAACCAUCAUAUCGUCCCUCUCCCUCCACAACCAUCACAUUCCCCCUCUCCCUCCACAACCAUCACAUCCCCCCUCUCCACCCACUACCAUCAUAUCGUCCCUCUCCCUCCACCACCAUCAUAUUCCCCCUCUCCCUCCACCACCAUCAUAUUCCCCCUCUCCCUCCACAACCAUCACAUCCCCCCUCUCCACCCACUACCAUCAUAUAGUCCCACUCCCUCCACCACCAUCAUAUUCCCCCUCUCCCUCCACCACCAUCAUAUUCCCCCUCUCCCUGCACCACCAUCAUAUCGUCCCUCUCCCUCCACAACCAUCAUAUUCCCCCUCUCCCUCCACAACCAUCACAUCCCCCCUCUCCACCCACUACCAUCAUAUCAACCCUCUCCCUCCACCACCAUCAUAUUCCCCCUCUCCCUGCACCACCAUCAUAUUCCCCCUCUCCCUCCACCACCAUCAUAUUCCCCCUCUCCCUGCACCACCAUCAUAUCGUCCCUCUCCCUCCACAACCAUCACAUUCCCCCUCUCCCUCCACAACCAUCACAUCCCCCCUCUCCACCCACUACCAUCAUAUCGUCCCUCUCCCCCCACCACCAUCAUAUUGUCCCUCUCCCUCCACCACCAUCAUAUAGUCCCACUCCCUCCACCACCAUCAUAUUCCCCCUCUCCCUGCACCACCAUCAUAUCGUCCCUCUCCCUCCACAACCAUCACAUUCCCCCUCUCCCUCCACAACCAUCACAUCCCCCCUCUCCACCCACUACCAUCAUAUCGUCCCUCUCCCCCCACCACCAUCAUAUUGUCCCUCUCCCUCCACCACCAUCAUAUAG